AUUAGAUAAAAAAGUCAAAAAUUUGAAUUGAAAAUUCUUUUGUUUUUACGCAAUGUUUAAAAAUGAAAUAUCUGAAAAUAAUUGUGUUAUCAAACAAGGCCUAAAUCUUGUAAGAAUGAGUCAAAGACCAUAGGGAAUCCGAACAAGGUAACUGACAACAAAUUUAUGAAGUUGUCUUGGUACAAUUUUGUCUCGUUUCAAGCCUUAUAAUAAAGAGUCAACAACCCAUAUUGUCUUGAAGCAUCCGGUUUCCUUCAAGUAAUAAUAAAAUAUUUUAAAUGGCUAAGGCUUGAGCUCAAUAUUAAGCUAUAAACUUUGUGGAAGUUAGGUGGUCACCGCGGCUUUGGCUACUGAAAAGAUUCCUUAUGGUCAUUCUCUUCAAUCCUUUCAUACCAAGGAAAGAACUAUUUUAUGGCGGUCAACCUUUUUUUGUUUGUUUAACCAUCAUAAAAUAUAGAAGGAUAGACUUGCACGCUGAAGACAUGAAUUGAGACGUGAUUCUUUUGGGUCAAUGCUUUUGGAUGAUACAGUCACGGCAUGAACAUUAUGUAAUUCAAAACUUCUUGGGUUGUGCAUGUGUUUAUGCGAGUAAUACCUGGGUUUGAAUAACACGAAUAUGGCUACAUGAAAUACAAUCGAAGGAUGUAAUAAGUUUUCAUGUAAAUUCAUCAAGAUACUGGGUAGACAUUGGGAGAAAAAAUAUUGGGAAUUAGGUGAGCAAAUGUGGGUUCCUAUGAACUUUUGAUGGAAUAUCGACAUCUUGUGGUCUUUAAUAAUAGUGGAACUACUUGAUCUUCCUUCAUGUUUUUGUUAUUGUGACAACAAAUAUCACCUAAAGAAAGCUUGGAAGUCAACCUUAUAUUUUUGGUUUCACUGUUGUAAACAUGGAAGGGUAGACUUAAACUGUGACAUUGACAUUGCGAUGUGCUUCUUUUGGGUCAAUGCUUGGAUGACGCAGGCACUGACAUGGACAUAAUGUAAUUUGAAGCUUCUUGGAUUGUGCAUCAAUGCAUGUGUUUGUGCAAAGUAAUACCUAGGUUUGAAUAGCAUGAGUAUGGCUACAACAGAAUCGAAGGAUGUAAGAAGCUGUCAUGCAAAUUCAUCAAGACACUGGACAGACCUGGGGAGAAAAAUUAUUGGGGAUUUGGUGACGGUUUGACAGGAGAUUGACAUCUUGUGGUCUUUAAUAAUUGUGGAAGUCAGUAUACAUAUAGUCAGCCGAUCAUUCUGGAUCUUCCUUAAUGGUUUUUAUUUUUGUAACAAUGGAUCUCACCUAAAGAAAGCUACUUAACUUUUCAAUUUGGAAAUAAAUGGAGUUCAUUCACAAUGGAUAUAGAACACUUGUUUCCUUUAGUUCCCAUGCAGGAAAACCUUGAAAGAUAGCAUGUGGGUUGUUCUGCAUAUCAUCUGUAUGACUAAAAUGUGUGCCCGGGACUGAUAGCUUAGUGGUAUCUAGCUGUUAGAUAUUUAUAUUUUAAUACACAGGACAUGAUUCUGUCUACUGGACUACAUUCAUAUGCAUGCACGUUAAUGACUGGAUCAUGAUUUAUUGAGAGCAAUGCUGAAAAUCACAUGAAGGAAUUCGAAGGCACUACCAAGGAAAUAACCUCACCCAAUUUCUGAUGCACUAUAGAUAUCAACAGGGUCAAAAUGGAGAAAAGAGGGUAAAAACAAAAGGAAAUUAGGGGGAGGUGUGGAAAACAGGAUCAAUUUUCUUAUUUACUUAAAUUAAUAAUACACCGAAAUCAGUCGAACAACGACUACCACAAUUGGAGCUUUGUGUAUAGCCAUUUGGUGUGAACCAAUUGAUUUCACAUGUGCUAGCUUCUGAGGGCUGACUAUUGCAGGAAUCCUGCUCUGGCAGACUGGCACUGAAUAUCAUUUAUUAUUGACCCCUUUUAGAUGUUGAUAGGAAGUGUUACGUGACUAUAUAUAUCACUAUGUGGAUCUCUAGCAUACUUGCAGUUACUCAUCUACAUUUGAAACAAGAAUCUCAAAAGGGUUUGUCUGAAGCAGAAAUAGUUAAACACAAAAUGUAUAACUUUUCAGCUUGCAGUUCUUUGUCCUUUGCAAUUGUAUUGCAGCCUAGGAUGGUCCAGGCCAGCCUGAAGGCCAAAAGGGAUGGAGUUGGUAUGAACACAUGUUGUACUGGUUACCGGACAAAGGUACCCCGAAACGUGAACAUGGAAAAUUUGCAAAAUGGAUAUUUGUUCUCUGAGAUUUCCAGGUGCAAGCUUCAACACAUUGAGAAGUUCCCAAAUUCAAAAUUGAUCAGCCUCGGAGUUGGUGAUACCACAGAGCCUCUACCAGACAUCAUAGCAUCAAGCAUGGCAGAAUAUGCACUAGCCCUUUCAACGCCUGAAGGUUACAGAGGGUAUGGACCUGAGCAAGGCUACGAGGCAUUGAGGAAGGCUAUUGCUGAAUCAUUCUACAAAGAUGUAUCCGUAAAAGAUACAGAAAUUUUUGUGACGGAUGGCUCACAGUGUGAUAUUACUCGUCUGCAGCUGGUUCUCGGUGCAAAUGUGACAAUAGCUGUACAGGACCCCUCUUAUCCGGUUUAUCAAGAUUCAAGUAUCAUAAUUGGUCAGGCUGGAAAUUACAAAGAUGAAGCUUUGAAGUGUAGGAACAUUGAAUACAUGAGAUGUUCUCCUCAAAAUAACUUCUUUCCUGACUUGGAUACAACGUCAAGAGCAGACAUUAUCUUCUUUUGCUCUCCGAACAAUCCUACUGGUCAUGCGGCAACACGAAAGCAGUUAGAGAAACUUGUGGAAUUUGCAAGGAAUAAUGGUUCGAUUAUCAUUUUUGAUUCUGCCUAUGCAUCGUAUAUUAUGGAUGAUAGUCCUCGGUCAAUCUUUGAAAUUCCUGGUGCCAGAGAGGUUGCAAUUGAAGUUUCGUCUUUCUCCAAGUUGGCUGGGUUCACGGGUGUCCGUCUUGGUUGGACAGUGGUCCCUGAAGAACUCUUAUUCUCAAAUGGAUUUCCUGUCAGAAAUGACUUUGAUCGCAUUGUGUGCACUUGCUUUAGUGGAGCCUCCAAUAUAGCUCAGGCUGGUGGACUGGCCUGUCUAUCCUCGGAGGGUCUGAAGGCUACAGAGUCCAUGGUUCAGUACUACAUGGAGAAUGCAAGGAUUCUGGUUGACACUUUCACUUCUCUGGGUUUAGAGGUAUAUGGAGGUGCAAAUGCCCCUUAUGUGUGGGUGCGUUUUCCUGGCUCAAAAUCUUGGGAUGUAUUUUCUGAGAUUCUUGAGAAGACUCACAUAAUCACAGCUCCAGGUUCCGGAUUCGGAACAGGAGGUGAAGAGUUCCUAAGAAUCAGUGCUUAUGGCAACAGAAGGUGUAUCCUUGAGGCCUCGCGGAGGCUCGGGAACUUUUUCUCCUAAGGAGAGUAUUUUAUUUUUGAGAAAUGAUUUGUACAAGUUCCAAAUAGACAAAUUUUAUGCAAGCUCUUUUAUAAAAGUGGACUUCACUUUUAAAAAGUGUAAAAAAAGUAGUCUCCGUCCACUUUUAUAGGGGGAUUGCAUGGGACUUGUUUAUUACGACUUGUCCUUAGCAUUACUCUUUAUUUUCCUUUCUGGCACAUCCGUACAUGUACUCUUACAUAAAGCAAAGUGGUUUGGCAAACGUUAUUUGGUGUGUAAUAACUCAUAUACUUUCAUGCAAGUAGUAAUAUCUAAGCUAUGAUUAAUUUAUAUUCCUACU